AAUGCGUCUGUAUCUGGUGAUGUGAAACCAGGUGCUGAGUCUGUGAACGACACAAUCCUCGAGCCAGCUCGUGAGUCUACCAACGAGAUGCAGGGGGGUACCGGACAAUGUUGUCGCAGUGCAAGAUUGGGAUCUGCCAUCAACGCCAAUCAGCGCGGCUGAGAGCAGUGCUGUAGUACAGACUGGAGCUGAUGACAUCAGAACAGCAGUGGAUGGUGAGGAUGGACGCAUGCAGACUGAAGCCUCUACGAGUACCCACAUCGGAGAUGCGGAAAACGAUCACAUCCUGACAACCCAGACAACUCCUGAAACGGUUCCAGACGCACCAGUCUUUGAAGAUGCGCCUAUUCCUGUCGAGACUGUGAAGACUGUCGAACACCCUGACUCCACCGACCAAGAGGCCGCCCAGGCCAUCAUCGCGCGAGACCAUGUCUUUUCUGAACCCGCGCUUGAUGUGUCCUCUGCAGCAGAUUCUGUAAAUGAUAAUGCUGUGGCACCCGUCGAAGAGGAACCCACAGCGUCGCUCUCGAAAAAAGCCAAGAAGAACAAGAAGAAGAACAAGAAGUCUUCUGGGACUUUCACACCUAUCGUUGAAGAUGUAAGGGAAGAGCAGAUGCAGCAGACUUCCACACAAUUCGGCGACGGUAGCAGGGACGCGGCGACUGAGGAGAUCGAUUCUCAAGCAGCAGGAGCUGAUGCGGAAACUGCGCUUGCGUUAGUAUCUGACAAGGCUGGCAAGGGAGGAGAGAUCGCGUCUGCCAGAGACCAGACACACGAGAUCGAAGGGAUGGAAGCGACUGAACGUGUCGAAGAGCCAAAGUUCACCGUCGAGGAGCCAGCUGCCGCUAUCGAUGAGAUGAGUACCAUUGUCGACGAGUCGAGUACCACUGUCGAUGAGCCGAGUACCACUAUCGAUGAGCCGAGUACGACUGUUGAAGAGCCAGCCGUCACAGACAUCGACACUACAGUAGUCGUCUCGAAGAAGAGUAAGAGGAAAAAGAAGUCGAAUGCUGCGAAUCUCCUGGAUGAGGACGCUGCUUCAAGGGAGACUACAGAUAUCCCGCCUGCGACUGAUGUCGUUGCACCCAUUGAAGGCAAUGUUGUCACAGAAUCUGAUCGCAUCAUUCUGUCUGAUCCGCCAGUGUCCGAAGUCGAUGAUACCACCGCCAAGGCGACACAAUUACCAGAGGAGAACCUUGUGGGUCCCGUUACUGCAGAGGUGGAAGAACCGGUCAUCGAGGAGCGAGAUAUCUCUACGCAGUCCGUCACUCAAGAAUCCACCGCCGAGCACAUCCCCAUCAAAGCGCCUGCACCCGUCGCAAAUGCACCAGAACACACGGAGCCCGAACGACCUGCACUCAAUCGCAAGCUCAGCAAGAAAGAGAAGAAAGCCAGGAAAAAGGGUACUGGGACUCCGUUGGAAGAUGACAUGGUCGUUGAGACUGUGACACCGGCACAGAGUGGUGAGAAAACGUCUGCUGCGAUACAGAGCGAUGAUGUGUCGAUUUCUCAGGAGCCAGAAGCCACAGUGGAGAUGGAACCACUCGUGGAACCGUUCAAAUCCGAGCGUCAGGUCGAGUCUGUUGUCGAAACUAGUUCCGGUCUGGACACUACGCCCAUCGUCGAGCCUGUUGAGCGUGAGACGCAGCUCGAGCUUGAUCCCGCAUCCGUCGAGUCCGAGACUAGAGAAAUAGCUGCAGAGGACGAAUGGGCCCCAUUGCCAAAGAAACUCAAGAAGGGUAAGAAGAGCAGAAAGCAGUCACUUGUUUCCGAGCCCGUUGACGAGGCGACAACGCAACGAGUCGAGACUGCUGAGCUGCCACCGCUUCCGGAGUCCAUGCCUGUGGAUGUUCCGAGUGUUGAAGCUGUAGCAGCUGAGACACCUUUACCAGAACCAACGCCAAUGGAAGUCGAGACGCCUGCCACGACUGAGGUCGUUGAAUCUCGAGCUCUGGACUCGGAACACCCCCUAGCUUUUGAUACGGUCCGUGCGCCUUCGCCGAAACUGGCUACAAUGGAAAUUGAUCCCAGAGAGCCUCUCUCAGAGGUCGUCGAGCGAGCAUCCGACAAUAUGUCACGUUCUGACCAGCAAGAGGACUUGCCUAAAGACAAAACUUUGACCGAGAAAGUGGUAGUAGAGAAGCAGGAAGACAUCCCGGCGCCAGUGAGUCGAAAGGCCUCAAAGAAAAGCAAGAAGGAAAGGAAGUUAGUAGAGGUUGUGAACACUCCUGAACCUCACACACACGCUAAGGCGGAGACCACUCAAGAUGAUGUCGAGGACAUUGUCAUGCAAGAAUCUCCUGCACCUGAGCAGACAGCUGAGACUUCUCUCCUCGAAUCGGGACCUAAGCACGUUGAAGCUGACCCUGUGCAUACAAAUGUCGAGACUGAAGCGCAACUUCGGGUCGUCCAGCCCACAUCAACAACAGUACCAGAACCAGUCGAGGGUUCUACGAAAGUACAAAGAGAGACAGGUCACAUCAUCCCACCUUCGCCGACACACGAUAUCGCGGUUCAGCUAGAUCCAGCCACGUAUGUCGAACAAGCGCCCGCGCCGAUUGAGAUCGAUGAAUCUAUCACUAGGUCAACUUCAAAAAAGGGAAAGAAGAACAAAAAGAAGGACAAGAAGGAUGUAGAUCAUGCUGACGAGGCUGAGACUCGCACUGUCGAGGUUCCGGCCUCCGUCCAGGAAGCACCUCUUUCGAACUUGCCCGAAGAACAAAUCGCACACUUUGGGCCAUCUUCCACUGCGGCCACACACCAAAUCGAGGCCCAGCAACCCUUAACUCCUGCUCAAAACGAUACGCAGCUAGACGUCAAGUCCAGAGAUCUCUCGCCAUCACUGCAAGCCGUACGAGAUGAUGCCGCAGAUCUACGGCAACGCACUGAGGCACUUGAUUCGGCAGUAGCAUCCAACGAACAGUACGAUGAACCGUCCCGCUCUCUACUUCCAUCCAUGUUUGGUAUCGCCAACCUACUCAGUAAGAAAGACAAGAAGCAAGUCGACGCCACUAGAGACAGCGAUCUCCCUGACCCUGCGACUCCCGCCGCCGAUACCACGGCUGCGGUCGAGACAACGGAGCGGGUUGAGAAUGCUGUCAAAGAGGCUGUCACUCCUGCAGAGACUCCAUCGCGGAAGCUGAGUAAGAAAGGAAAGAAUAGGAAAGACAACCGUGCUGCUAUUGAGGUCGAAGAGCGUACUGAGCCUGCGGUUGAGGAUGCCAACAUGAUCGAUGCGCCCGCAAGUAGGACCGAGAGUCAGUCAGUUGCUGAGUACAUCCCUGUUGCAACACCGAUCGCAACCAAUUCUGGACACGAGGUUCAGAAGACAAACGAAGUCGUAGAAGAUUUGGUGAUCACUCCCUCGAUAGAACCUGUGCCUGCGUUUAUCAGCACCCGCAGCGACGACGCAUCACUCUCAAGGAGCACUCCCUUCGAAGAAGCGUCCGAACCGCCAAGGAAGCUCAGCAAGAAAGACAAGAAAAGACAGGCCAAACUUGUUGCAAGUGCGCUAAAUAAUCCGCUUCCGAUUACGUCAGAGGGUUCGCCAGUAGCUCCCCCCGCAGUCGAGGAGCAAGAGCGCACGCAGACCGUUGAUCCGAUUGUGAACACUGCAGCAAAUGAUGUGCCUCAACUUAGUCCGACCGAGAAAGGUUUUGGGCCCAGUGUUGCUUCGAGUAGCCGCGAAGUCGACAUGGAAACGAUAGCUCCGAUCUCCGUCGCAGACAACAUCCCGAGUACACCAGUAGUGUCACGUAAGGAGAGCGAGAAGGGGAGCGAGAAAGAGAGCAAGAAGGAGAAGAAGAGUAGGAAAGAGAGGCUGUCUUCAGAUGUGGGGAUAGUGGCUGAGCAGCCAAUAACGCCGGCGCAUUCAUCGAUUGUGCAAUCUUUCAUCACUCCAGACCGACAAAGGCAUUCUGUCAAUAUGGCGCCAUCUAUGGCUGUCACUGAAAACCUCCAGCGCGCUGUCAGUCAGCAUGAGAACGUCCAAGCAAGCAAAGAACCGAAUGGGGAAGCCGAAACUCCAAGAGCUGCCGAGCGGACAUCUGAAGAGACGUACACAGUAAACGAUGCCGAGCCAUCUGCAUCUGACAAGACAUUCGAUGGCAUCUCUGAGGAUGUUCUGCCUACUCUGAACAAAAAGGGCUCGAAGAAACACAGACUAGCUGCCUUGUUUGAGAAGCAUUCCCCAGAGCAGCAACCAGAAGCUGAGCGCCGCCUUGGUCACAAGAGGAGUGGCAGUGUCAAGAAUCUUGCAGAACGGUUCGAGACUCAGUCAAGAUCCGCAACGCCUCUCCAGAUCGUACCACCGAAGUCGAUCUCACGAGCCACUUCGGACAAUCAAUUGCGUUCAGUGUCUCCAUUCGACAACUUGGAGCGAUUGCGCUCGGCUUCGCCACGUCACGACGUUGACUUCGCCGCAGCCGUCGCCGCAGGACUGAACGAAUCCGGCUUCGACUCAAGCUACGUAAUCAACGAUCCUUCCUUCUACCGAUCUCGAUCGACCUCUCGACAGGGCGACCGCGACAAUAUGGUUCAAGAUGAUGAAGUCGCGACUGCAAGGAGACGAGCAAGCGUCUCGAAGUUCGGAAACAUGGGACGCGCUUCCGCAUCAACCUCGCCCACUAAGUCCAGUUUCGCACCAAGCUCGCCUACCAAAGGAUUUGGGGCGUCUCUUGAUCGCAUAUUGCCCAAAGGCAUCGAAGUGCCAUUAGCGGCUACCGAGACACCAUCAUUCGAUCCGAUGGACGUGCUCAAUGAUCCAGCAUUCGCAAGCCGCAGGUCACCUCCUGGAGUAUUAGAAGAGGCCGACCCCGAGGAACUGUACGCGCCAAGCAAGAACAAGAAGCUCAAGGGAAAGAAGAAGCGUACGUUUGACACUACAACAACAGCCUUGAGUAUGCAGGAUGAUAUUGAGCACACCGCCAAUGAGACUCCAGUGUUUGAAGCCCCGUUGGAGGGGCCUCGUACUGUUGAGACUUUGGCUCGCUCUACUGCCCGCGAAUUGGGCUUCGAUGCGCCUGGCGAUGACUCUGUGAGAAAGUCUGAUAUUAUAGAGCAGUCACCGAUGAACAGUCGAAAGAAAGAGAAGAGCAGCAGGGGUGAGGUCAGCAGGGAACGUGAGGAGCGCGGAAGGACUACAGAACGAGAAAGGACAACGAACACGCCACCGAUGUUUACACAAGAAUCGAAAUCGGCCAUCAACGACGACGUCAAUGAGUACCCGUUCCCUCGAGCUGUAAGUCCGGGACUUGAGGAUAUAGUCGUCCGCAGCAUGAAAGAAGACAAGAAGGAUGUAAAGAGCCGGAAGAAGAAGGCAACCGCAGAAAUGGACAUUGAGGCCAGCCCGCAAGAGCCGCACAAGCGUCGAUCUCACCCAGUAUCGUUCCACGAGGAGCAACCAGAGGAGAAACGACUGCACAAGAACGAAACACAACGCGGCUCCAAUCUUGAGCCAGCAUGGUCGUUCUCCGCGCUCGACAACAACACAGGCAGUGUGGAAGGGUCAAUACAUGGAGUGCCUGCAGCUCAAGAGCAGCCGGUAGGCCGUAAGGAGCGUCAGCUUCCACAAGGACCCCGAACGCCCCGCAUUAGAUCCGAACGUGAUGUCAGAGAAGUUGAGGCCAGUCCAGCACUUCCAGAGUACUCGACAUCCACGGGCGUGGAGCCAUCACCUUCGUCUGACUUCGUCAGUAAGGAGCGAGCGUCUUAUUUGUUCGACUCCUCGCCAUCGACCCGCGCAUACGGCAUCUCACCUGCAGUCGCGCCUAAGUCACCCAGCUUCGACAGCCCACGAGCAAUCGAGUCCCCGAUCAAGGCGUCGACUGAUCGUGCUCAUCAAGAGCAGGUUUCACCGACAAGGCCCUCGCGCCAAACGGAGCCCUACCAGUCAAUCUUCGGCGACCCCAGCGAGAAGAUCGAUUCAUUGACAACUCCAAUGCCAAAGCGGGCACGCACCCCAGGGACCAACUCGCUCGGCACUAUCACAGAGAAUAGCCCGGAUGAUUCUCUGCAUAUUAAGAAAGGUAGAUCUACUACCGACGCUGGAUCUGGAGAGCGAGGAACAAAACCAUUGCGCAGUGAGCGCAGGUCGUUCUCUGACCGGAUGAGAUCGUCACCACCGACUACACCGACGCCCGCAAACCGUAAAAGUACGCCGUCUGCACUUGAAAUCUCUGACCGUCAAACAGCUUCACGGGAUUCACCAUGGCAUCAGGCCAACGAUCCUCUCGAUCGAAGUAUAGCACUCAGCCCAGCGCGUCGAAUGCCUCAUUCAACGCCCGAGCCAAUCAAACAGCAGCUGGCUGAGAUUCGCGAUUCACCAGGACUUCGCAGCCAGCAGUCCCUCAGCAAUAUCAGCAAGUUCAGAUCGCCUGAUGCUGAGCGUCCCGUGAGCUCUAUGAGCAUGGCGAGCAAUGCUUCGAAUCAUUCUCUACGACGAAUAGAGAAGACCCAGUCAGGAGAUUUGAGGGCUGCGGCAAAGCUUGGCGAGGCCAGUGCGGGCGCUAGCACCACAACAGAACCCAACCUCUCAGGCAUCGCACUCGCGGCUGGAGCGACCGCAGCCUUCGCUGCCGCAUCGAAGCUGAGAGGUGAAGGCAAAGGACGCCGCGCCAGUAUGGCGGAAACUUUUGAGGCUAUGGGCGAGGCCCCGAGGUCGCCGAUGUCACCAACACGGGCGCCCAGUCUGCGCAAACGUCAAAGCAUGCAGAUCAUGGACUUACAAACACAGCUUGACCAGCUCGCGGAUCACAACCGAUCUCUCGAAGAUGCAAGGUCAAGAGCUGAGGAAAUUCUACAAGUUCAACAGCACCAGCGUCAGGUCGAUGAGCAGCUAGUCCAAGAAGCAGUCGAAGCACGUGACCGUCAGAUUUAUCAACGUGACAUCGACAUUGCGCAGCUCAAGGAUACGCUGCAACGGCUGCAAGAAGAGAUUGCGCGACUGACGGAACUCAACAACAACCUUACAGAGGCCAACCGGAAUCUCACGAAUGAUACCAACGAGCGCUAUGCCAGCCUCCAGUCUGAAGGCCAAAUGGUCCACCAACAGUGGCAGACGUCUCAGAGGGAACUGGAUACAUUGCGAUCGCAACAUCAACAACUGACAAGAGGGAUGGAGGGGGCACUCCGCGAGGAGAUUGGUGCCGCGCUCGAUGAGCGUAACGCAGAAAUCAGUCGUUUAGAGAAAGAACUCUCGAACGCGAAGGAGCAGAUCAAGAAACUGCAGAAGCAGAUCCUGGCAACAAAGAAGCCCAGCGAGAGCUUCCUUACCAUCCGCGACGAGGACUACUUCGACAGCGCCUGCCAGCAGCUCUGUCAGCACGUGCAACAGUGGGUGCUGCGGUUCUCCAAAUUCUCGGACACGCGGGCUUGUCGUCUGUCGUCUGAUAUCCAGGCCGAUACUCGACUGGAUGCCUCAACGCGCGAGAAGAUCGACAAACGCCUCGACAACGCCAUUCUCGAUGGCUCGGAUGUCGAUUCACUCCUUGCAGAUCGCGUCAGACGUCGCGAUGUCUUCAUGUCGAUCGUCAUGUCGAUGAUCUGGGAGUACGUCUUCACACGCUACCUGUUUGGUAUGGACAGGGAGCAGCGACAAAAGUUGAAGUCGCUGGAGAAGACCUUAUUGGAAGUCGGCCCACCACGCGCUGUAGCGCAAUGGCGCGCAAUCACACUCACCCUGCUCUCCAAGCGCGAGCCAUUUAUGCAACAGCGUGCACAAGACACUGAAGCUGUUGUGCAUGAAAUCUACAGUACCCUUUCCACUCUGCUGUCCCCACCAACACACCUACAACAGCAGAUCCAGGCCUCCCUGCGCAACGUCAUGCGCCUUGCGGUGGAGCUCUCCAUAGAAAUGCGCACCCAGCGCGCAGAGUACAUCAUGCUGCCCCCACUGCAGCCCGAGUACGACGUCCAUGGUGACCUGGUCGCCAAGGUCACAUUCAACGCGUCCCUGAUGAACGAGCGCUCUGGCGAGACAACGUCGAAUGACGAGCUAGAAGCGCGAAGUGCGAUCGUCAAGGUCGUGCUUUUCCCGCUCGUGGUGAAGAAGGGCGACGAUUUUGGCGAGGGCGAGGACGAAAUAGUUGUUUGUCCUGCGCAAGUCCUGAUUGCCAAGUCGGGAAAGAAAAAGGUCGUGCGCGUUAUGAGCGGCGCGAUGAGUUUGCAUUCAAGAGCAAGUAGUAAGGGGAGGAGCGCGGUCAGCUUGGCACCGGAGAGUAGCGUUAUGGAUUUGGAUGAUACCAAUGCCUUUUAGGGGUUUGAGCUUUAGCAGGCGCUCGAGGAUUGGAUUCGGUUUGGAGUUUGGGAUCGGCGUUACAAUUCGGUGGAUUUCUUAUGUUAUGGGAUGGUUGGUGCAUCGAUACACAGCGAUUGUAUGUUUAGUUUCAGAGAUACCAAUGCACAGCAUUAUCACUUCAAAGCUAUUACGCAUUACUCCCCAUCA